CUUCCCACAGAGUUUGAGAAGUGCUCUGGACUUCCUGGUACGGGACCAUGGACAUUCUCUGCUCCACUUUGGCCGGGGAACUACCCGCAGCGAUGUGAUCGAGGAGGACGCGUCGAGUCGAGAGCAAGGUCAUGAGUGCCUCUAGGAAAGACCCAGUGGAGAAUAACCUCACCUGUCCAAAGCCCCGCCCCACCUGGGCCUCACCUUGCCCCCCACCCCUGGACUCCCAUCAUGACGUCUGAUACCGAGCAGGAUGCGGCGGUGAAACUUGACCAGGAACGGGCCGAGAUCGUCGCCAAAUAUGACAAGGGAAAAGAGGCCACAGUGGAGCCCUGGGAGGACACCAACUUCCACCUGUACAAAGUCAUCGACCGCUUUGGCUUCGUCCAUGAGAAUGAACUUCCAUCCUACGACUCGGUGGAGGAGAAGCAAAGACACACGGAGGUGGAGAGGACCACCAAAUGGCUGAAGAUGCUCAAGAGCUGGGACAAGUACAAGAACAGUGAGAAGCUGGUCAGGAGGAUCUAUAAGGGCAUUCCCCUGCAGCUCCGAGGGGAGGUGUGGUGUCUGCUGCUCGAUAUUCCCAAAAUAAAGGAGGAGAAGAAAGACUUCUACGAGAAAUUAAAAGCCAGAGCCAGAGGACUCUCCCCUGACAUCCGGCAGAUUGACUUGGAUGUGAACCGGACCUACAGGGACCACAUCAUGUUCAUGCACCGCUACGAUGUCAAGCAGCAGGCUCUGUUCCACGUCCUCACAGCCUACUCCAUGUACAACACGGAGGUGGGCUACUGCCAGGGCAUGAGCCAGAUCACAGCUCUGCUGCUGAUCUACAUGAACGAGGAAGACGCCUUCUGGGCUCUGGUCAAACUACUGUCCGGGCAGAAGCACGCCAUGCACGGGUUUUUCGUCCCUGGAUUCCCGAAACUGAUGCGUUUCCAGGAACAUCACGAACGUAUCCUCAAGAAGAUGAUGCCCAAACUGAAACAGCACCUGGACAACCAGGAGGUGUUUACCAGUCUCUACACCAUGAAGUGGUUCUUCCAGUGCUUCCUGGACAGAACUCCCUUCACCCUCACCCUCAGGAUCUGGGACAUCUACAUCUUGGAGGGAGAGAGAGUGCUGCCUGCCAUGUCCUACACCCUCCUCAAACUGCACAAGAAGCACCUGAUGAAGUUGUCCAUGGAGGAGCUGGUGGAGUUUCUGCAGGUGACUUUGUCCAAAGAUUUCUUUUUCGAGGACGACUUUGUGAUUGAGCAGCUACAGGCGUCCAUGUCGGAGCUCAGGAGGGCGAAGCUGGAGCUGCCUGCUCCAGGUAAAGACGACGAGUUUCCCAAGAAGCCAUUGGGGCAGCUUCCUCCUGAGCUGGCAGCAGCAGUGGUGAACCACGUGGCUAACGGUCAGAGCCACGCUGAGCCAGCCGAGCCUCCCAGGGACCCGAGUCCUGUUCCAGACCGCCCGCAGGAGAGUCGGCCCCCCAGCCGGUCACGCCGGGACUCACUGGACAAACCAUUCCGCCACCAUAAGGCUGAUGAGAGGGCUGCCCGUUCCAGGGGAUCAGGGGAGAUCCCUAAUGAGCUGCAAAAGCAAUCCACAUCCACCACACCUGAGAGGGGGGCAACACCACCCGCAGUGCUCACCCCUAAACCACAGCUCACCACAGUAGAUAGAAGGAAGCCUCAGAGCCAUGCCAUCGCCAACCACAACUCCAAUGCAGCCUCCAGCUCUCACAGAGAGAUCACUCCCCGCUGGGUCAAACCCUCCGAGACAAAGCUGGAAGCAGUCAAAGCGGCAGCUGCCCGGGAGACCCAGCUGAGCAGAGGGGCAUCACCAGCCCCUUCCAGCCCAGACGACGCUGCUCUUCCCCAUCGCCGACCACGCUCCAGAGCUUUCGUCCCUGGCUCCAACCGAGGCUCCAAUGCCUCCCAGUAUGACAAUGUACCAGGACUGCCGGAGCAGGAUUUCGAGAUCAUGGAGCUUGAGAGACCUCCGUCCAGAAUGAGGAUCCCUCGUAGUGAAACACCCUUCACCGUAUCGUCCCCACAUCAGAGCAGCCCGAGCCGUGGACCCAGCCUGGCAGGGAGCGUUGUCUCCGUCACAUCAGUGCCCAGGAUGGCCAAACACCCUCUUCCUCCUCCAUUUUCCCACAACAAUCCAGCAGGGGUCCAAGCCAGCUACCCUGGCAGCCAGGGCCAGUACCAUACCCCUCCCAAACAGCCAUCUCCAGGACGAACUACGACCGAGGUCCCCAUCUACCAUCCUGCCCAUAGUGUGAACCUAGACCACAGAGGAGAGGAAAGACUCUAUGCACAACCUUCCCGAUUUCCCCCAACCUCCAACGUAGUGUACGGGGAACGAGCGUACGCCACCACCCAGCGGCAGCCCAACAGCCUCUCCCCAGAGAAGGCUCUUAUGAACAACACCUUCGCUACCUACCGCAGACAGCCGCCACCACCCAGCUCCACUCACAACCCCCGGAGCACCAGGCCUCCCCCGGAGCAUUCCCUGCAGCUGGAAACCCAGGGGAGGUCCACCCCAAUCUACCUGCAACAGCUCACCUCCACCGCACACGUCUACGCUCCGGUGGACUACAGGUUUGAGGGGCAUCGGAGAGGAGAGGCAAACCCGCACUACCUGUCCGAAGGUGGACGGGUUGUAGACGGGCUCCUGUGGACACCAGAGGGUGAGCUGCCCCCUCAGUCCCCAAGUGGAAUGCCCCGCUCACCCAGCUUCCAGCAAGCCCAAAUGUCUCCUGUUCAGGAGUUCACUUUUCCCACAAACCCAGACAGCCUGAUUCACUACAGGACACAGUUACAGGAGAAGCAGCCUGUCAUAAGGCAACAGCUCCCCCAGCUGUUUGGAGGACCACACUACAGGCACGCACAGGAGGCGUUUGCCAUGCAGGAAUCCAUGCUGCUGUAACUGAACAAGAACUGAACAGGAAAUCAAGACACUGUAGGAAAAAAAAAAGAAAGAAAACUGAGGUGUAGUCACUGACACUGUGGUAAAGACGAGCAGUAGUCCUAGAUUUGUUAGUUUCUGCUCUGUUGUUCUUUAUGUGUGAAGUACUGAUCUUCUGUCACGCUGCAUCGUAACGGUGCAGGACACACCAGCCUCUACCGUUUUUACUGAUCACUUUAAAAAGAGAAAAAAACUGACUGAAGAUUUUAUUUUAUUUUUGGAUGUAAAUCAUUAACGAGAGGUAACAGUAUAUAUCUUUUAGAGUCUGACAUGUACAGUGGAUUUUUUUGUUAAUAUUCUGAGCUGUUAUCAACAGCAGCGGAACAUUCUCCAGAGAGAGAUAAACUCCGACUUAUUUUCCAUCUUUAUUUUUUUAUGUUACUCACAGAUAUUUACAUUAGAGACCAAUUUACUCUAUAUGCUUGUGAAUGUUAUUUUUCAGAGAGAAUAAGUAAAUCUGUGUCCAAUAAUACAAUUAGAAAGCAGUGAUGAACAGGUCACUGUUAAGUUUUUGAUUUCCAUUUCACCUUUGAAGACUCUCCACUGUAGAAAGAGCAGGAUUUGUUGUUUUUUUUUAGUUUUGCCUUUUCAGUUUCAGAGAUAAUUUUCCUUCCUGAAUAACUCGUGCAAUGCAUUUCUCUUUCCCCUGAAGUACAGAACAUUGGGUGUUUACAUGUAUUUUAGGCCAGUGUAGUUUCUGGUUAAAUUCCAACCCUGAUUAGAGACUCAAGGAACAGAGGGUAAAUUUAUGAGGGCUAAAUAAUAUAUAUGUGUAAUUUUUUGGGUUUGAUGGCUUUAAGUCAUUUGAUUUGAGAUGUAACCAUAGGUAACAUGUUUUUUUAAUUGCUGUAUUGUAUCUACCACAUCCUAAGCACAUGCACCAGGAGAUGUGAACUAGUUUCAGUACAUUUUGCUUUACUCUCAACACUGACAUAUCAACUUCUGCUCAGCUGCUGGUGCUUCCACUGGCAUACAGAGUCAUCUGGCACACACAUAUGCUCACAAAUGAUUAACAUUUAAUCAGUCACAUUCCCUGUUAUUAUUCCUCAUACUCUGAUUUUGAUGCAGUUACUCUCAAAAAGUACUAUUGUACUUUUCAUUACAUUCCCUAAGUUAUCUUUGUUUUGCGUUAAACAACUAAUUGCAGAUCAUUCUGAUAAUUUGCUUAAUAAAAUGAGGUGGGUUGA